AUGAAGAGCUCUGGCCGAUCAAGCCGGGGUUACUUGAGUAUUGGUCAGAAACCUGGUAGUACCAACAAAAACCGAACAGUUUUUAUAUCCUUUUCUACUGCAAAAGAUAAGUCUGGAACUCAGUAUUUGGUAAAAGACAACAUAGAGAAGGUUUUCUGUCAGUAUGUCAAGGAGGGAAAAGCCACUAUUAGACUAAAAUCUCCCCAAAUUGAUCUGCGUAUAAGUAAGACAGAUGCUAUCCAACUAAAGAGUUUUCUGACUGUUCUUAAAGGUUGUCUUCAGGGUGUUAGUCCUCCUCCAUCUAAUCAAUCUCUCACAAGCUUGAUGUGGCUCAUAAUAAGUUUGACUCUACUCGUGCAUGUAUUGUGCAGCAUAAGAAUCAAUUUCCAAGCCUACAAACUUUAUGUGCUGAAACCAUUGUGGCCAAUAGGAUACCUUACAGUGAUGAGAACCUGUUUCAACAUUUGCACUCAUUUGUCAAGAACUACCACUGGUGUUGGUGUGGGAAAAAAGUUUUUGACAGGUUCAUUCAAUGUGUCUUCCACUCUAACCUCUCAUUUAUGA